AGACGCACCGCCUGUCGAUUGGACCAGAAGCGGAAAGAAGGAAAGCGCCGUGAGAGUCCGCCGGAGCUUAAAGACUUUGCAUGGGAUUUUUGUUUUUAUUUUCCUCCAGGACGGGAGGUUUGGAGGCACCUGUCCGCUUGAGCCGCAUUUCCCUACAAACUCCGAGCGAGGCUGAAGCAUGGACGCGGUUUUACCCUCAUUGUUACUAUUAAUAUUAUAGGAGGUUUGUGCGACCGCUGCGCGUAAAGUUAUCCUUCCUUUCUCUCGUCUCGCUGCUUAGUUUUGGGUUUUCCACCGAGCUUUAUGAGUUCGCCGCUGUUUCUGGGUCAGCUGCUCGGGGUCCCGCUAGAAAUAAUGCCCCCCACCAUGGAGAAGGACACAACUUACACCAAGAUCUUCGUCGGCGGGCUGCCCUACCACACCAGCGACGCCUCACUUCGGAAAUAUUUCGAGACUUUCGGGGACAUCGACGAGGCGGUGGUGAUCACGGACAAGCAGACGGGGAAAUCCAGAGGAUACGGCUUUGUGACCAUGGUGGACAGGGCAGCAGCAGAGCGGGCGUGCAAAGACCCGAACCCCAUCAUCGACGGCAGGAAGGCCAACGUGAACCUGGCAUACCUUGGAGCAAAGCCUCGCAGCUCACAAACAACUCUUUCAGCUGGAGUUCACCAAGUCCUUCCUACGUGGGCUCAGAGGCAAUACGGGUUCACCCAGCAGUACGUCUACCCCCAGGCGUUCCUCCAGCCCAGCCUGCUGCUGCAGUCCCACCUGAGCCCCACCGCCACAGCCCUCACCUCUCCUUACCUGGAGUACAGCUCUGCCUACAGCCCCUACGCCCCGUCGGGACUGGAGCAGUACCCCUUCGUCCCCUCGCCGUCGCCCUCAACAGGCUACCUCAGCUACAGCUUCUCCCCGGGUACGCCGACGCCCGCGCUCACCGCUCCUCCCACCCCUCCAGCAGCCAUCCAUCCUCCCCUGGCCGCGCUCACCGCCGUGUCCGCCACGCCGCCGGCCUUCCUCCAUUACCCCCUCCACCAGCCCGACCGGAUGCAGUGAGCAGACCUGAGCAGCCAAUCAAAACACUGCUGCUGAUUGGAGGCUGGACCUGGUUUAUAAAAAGGGCUUUUUGAGAGAACUCUCUUUCCUCGGUGUAAUGAUCAUCCUGCGUUGUCGUCAGCACACACUGUGAAUGUUUUUCCAGAACCGGCAGGACUCUGUUGUGAUCUUUUAGAUGCUUCUUCUGGGCAGGAGGGAACGUAAAGUAAAGACAAAGAGAAAUCCGUCUUUCUGCCAUGUUGCUGCAGCUGCAUUUUCUCCAAAGGUACUGCACUGAAUUCUGGACUUCAGCCAAUCCGAGAGCCAGGUUCUCUCUGAAACACGGGGCCUGUUCCCUCUGCUUCAAGGUUAGCUUUCUAUCUGAGAGGACGAUUUCUCUCUGCCCCCAACUUAUCAUUUUUAUUACUCUCUCCUUUCAGCGAGGAACAAAAAAAAGUUUAUUGUAAUCCCUCUUUGUUCCUGUUAUCUACUGCUAGGAGGUUGUAACAUGAGCAUCUUCACAGAAUAUGCAAUUAGGAUUACUAAGGAUGAGUAAGAACAAGGUAGGCAACACUGGCAUUUCGUUUUUGUUGUUUUUCUAUUCCUAGAGCAUUACGCAGAGCACAACUCUGUCAGGAUUUAAACACAACAUUCAUAAGAUCUUUUUUUUUUUUUACUUCUUUUGUCUUCUGGACACAUUUUUUGUUUCUUUAAUUUUAGUGCCCUCCACAGCUAUUAGCAGCUCUAGUAAAAAAAAUGAAGAAGCUCAAGAACAAUUAAGUUGAAAAAAAUCCCACAUUCAGAAAAAAUUAUUAUGUCAGACUUACUGUGACCUUUAAAUACAACUGUAAUAUAUAUUUUUUUGUAUUUUAACAUUGGGUUUUAAGUUGAUUUGUGUCUUUUUUAGUCAUAUUCUACAUUUUGUGAGUUAAAUAUGACACAAGAAAGGAACUAAUAUAUCUUAGCCACUCUCCAAACAGGUCAGGUAAAUAGCUUUAAGAAUUUAAAUAAGCAAAAACUAAAUUAUUAAUAUGUAAAAAUGCACCAUUGUUAAGCAUGGUGGAGGAUGUAUGAUGCUGGGGGUCUGUUUAUCUCAUAAAAGUCCAGGGACCUUUGUUAUUAGCAUAAGAUCCUAAGCUCUUUAAAAUGCUGGGACGUUUUAAAUAAAAAAUCUGGUUUACUCCC